CGCCGCCAUGUUCCAGAGCAGGGUGAGUUCAGGGAGAGAAGGAGCCACCCUGUCAAUCACCAUGAAGGAGCCAUGGCAGUGAAGAGACGGUGAAUCCGGUAGUUUCUGUAGUUUCCUCUCGCUCCGGGGACCAGGUGAACUAUGCUGCGGGUCACUGCGGGACACCCACCACUCCUCUUUUCGCCAACCGGGAAUCGCUCCACUUUGACGGGAACCAGCACGAGGCGGCGCAUAUAACAACAACAACAAAAAGAAGAAGAAGAAGAAAAAAACUUCAGCUGGCUUUUUCUCUCUUCGUGUUCCAGUUUGGACACAACGCACAAGUCACGGCGGGUGUUCGCACUGAAGGCGGCGCCUCGGAGGUUCGAUCCCGCUCCGCGCUCAGGACGCGGCCGCUUACUUGACUCCAACUCGCGGAAAAUCUGGUCCGUGCAUUUCAGAGCCUCGGCCGUGUCGGUCGGAGCAGACACUCCCCAGGACGCUCGAAGCCGCCGCCGCCGCGAGUCCCGGGAGAGAUUCCCAGAUCCGCAGCCAUGAGCGGGGGGGACGUGGUGUAUUCGGGCUGGCUGAGAAAGUCUCCUCCGGAAAAAAAGUUGAGACGUUACGCAUGGAAGAAGCGGUGGUUUGUACUUCGCAGUGGCCGUCUGACAGGCGACCCAGACGUGUUGGAGUACUACAAGAAUGACCAUGCCAAGAAGCCCAUCCGCGUGAUUGAUCUCAACUUGUGCGAGCAGGUGGAUGCUGGGCUGUCGUUCAAAAAGAAGGACUUGGAGCAUAGCUUCAUAUUCGACAUCAAGACCAUCGACCGUGUCUUCUACCUGGUGGCUGACACCGAAGACGAGAUGAAUAAGUGGGUUUGCUGCAUCUGCGACAUUUGUGGUUUUAACCCGACCGAUGACGAAGCUGCCAAAGCUGCUCACCAGUCAGCCAUCGGAGGCCUGGUAGUGGACACGCCCCCACAUCCAGUACUGGGUUCCGGAAUACUGACCAGCGUGCCGCCUCCUUACCAGCCGGUCAGUGUGCGACACCUGGACUCUCAGUCCAGUUCUGAGGAGCCUCAGGAUUAUCUGUGGCUCGUCAACUGUGAGAGUAAAAAGCCCGAACCCAACAGCUCAGUGCUGCUUCACUCUCCAUUGGAGGGAGACCAGGAGUAUUUGCUCCUGGAGGAUUGUGAGAGCAAGACUCUUCCUCCACAGGCUAGUCUAGCCCAUGCUGAGUGUUCCAAGUCUACCUCGUCAGAGACAGACCUGAAUGACAACCUCCCCUUGCACCGCACCCCCACGUCCUCCAGCUCCUCAUCUAAACACACCUCGCACAACGGCUUCUUUCCCCAGCACCCGGCCCCCGCCUCCACCUCUCCCAUCUAUGACUCUCCCCCAUCACGUGGUGCCUCGCUCACGACCGACGCCGGCCUUUACCACCUCCCUCGCAGCUACUCGCAAGACACCGUUCUGCUCCCCAAGUCAGCCUCCUCGCCUCCAGCCCACCCGGACGGCGGGGAUGCCUCUGAGCUUUACGUCUUCAACACACCUUCGAGGAAGCCCUCAAUGGAGUCGCAGUUGCGGAACCUUUCCAUUAGUUAUGAUAUUCCACCCACACCUGGUGCAAACUGUACCUACCAGGUGCCCCGCACUUUGUCAUCGUCAACAAGUGUUGGAGGCUCAGAGGGCGGGGGAGAUGUAGUCCCCCCUCCAAGACCACCCAAGCCUUCGCUCAGUUCCAUCUCUGGACCCCCACCACCCCCUGCUGAGCGCUCACCCACGGACACCUACUGUGUGCCCCGCUCAGCCUCAGAGACUGAUGGGAACUACUGUGUGCCUACUAGCGCUGGGAAUAAGACCUUACGCAGCAACACUAUUGGCACCGUGGACAGUUCACGCCUUCGCAAAGAUUUUGGAUCCCAGGACUGCUACGACAUUCCUCGAUCAUUCCCUUCCGAAAAAACCUGCUCGUUUGAUUUCAAUGAAAGUUUCAACAGCUACUUCAAAAACAAAGGAAUGAUGCCAGUGGGCAGCCAGUCCACAGAAGAGGUCGACCAGAACUACGUACCCAUGAGUGCCAACUCGCCGUCACAUCAUCACUCGGGCAGUUUGUCAGAGCCAACGCACGAACCCAACUAUGUGCCCAUGACUCCCAGCACCAUGGAGUUCUCCUCUCUGGGAAAGCAGGUGCCCCCGCCCGCACACAUGGGAUUCCGCUUGAGUCCCAAGACCCCCCCUCGCAGGCCGAUACUCAGCGAGUGCCAGCCCCCACCUGUGGACCGAAAUCUCAAACCUGAUCGCAAAGGUCAGAGUCCUAAAAUAAUAAGAGCAAAAGGUGUCGGUUUAGAGCGAACCGACUCUCAAACCGUAGGUGAAUUCCCAAGGGGACGACGCAAGGGAAAACCCGCUCCACUGGAGAUCAUACCGCUGCCUGAGUGGGAGGAGCCCUGUACGCCUAUCCGCUCGCCUGUCACACGCUCAUUCGCUCGAGAUCUCUCUAGGUUUCCAAUGCCAGCGAGACCCCCGUCAGUGCAUAGCACGGCCUCCAGCACUGACUCCGAGGAGUGUGAAGAGAAUUAUGUAGCCAUGGUCCCUAAUAUGUCCACAGACGAACCAAACGUGAAGCUUGUUGCGCCCAUGACCGCGGAUGGUGGUAGCAGCCCCAUGGUGAAGCCCAAAGGAGACAAACAGGUGGAGUACCUGGAUUUGGAUCUUGACCCCGGCAAGUCCACCCCACCUAGAAAGAUGAAAAGCAAUGGAACUGGUAUGGCAGCAUCAGAUGAGCGUGUUGACUAUGUGGUUGUGGACCAGCAACGAACACAAGCCCUUAAGAGCACCCGGGAGGCCUGGAACGAUGGCCGCCAUUUAGCAGAGACAGACACCCUUUCCAAAGGAACCAAGUGACACCGUCGCCUUAACCACCAAGCCACCCUUCAAACCCACAAACCAGUGGGCCAUUUCCCCCCUCGUGUUGGCCCUGGUUUGUGCUUUGAGCCGGUCCAGCCGCCACGUUCCACCUCAACAGGAUCCUUUGUGUGUCGGGGGCCAGUGGAGCUUCAUAGCCACUCAACUGUCUUUUAGUUUACAUUGCUGUCAGGCCAAAACAGCACUGUGUGUACAGUUGUAGGAAGACGUGCGCGCCAGAAAUAAGCUGUGUGCAGUGUGAGAGCAGGUGGAACGACUGGACUUGUCCUCCGGGUUUGACUUAAGUAGACUCAUGAACUUUGAACAUUCACUGCCUCCUCGAUUGGAUUCCUUUUUGUUUUGUUCACCUUUCAACGGCCGGAUGCGCUGAACCAGAGUUAACAUUUCCUUAAAUUAUAAUGCUGUUUGUUGUUAUUUUGAAGUGUAAGAGAAAUCACUUGAUAACAUGAUCAUAACACAAUGCAACACUGGUUAGCACAGUUAGCGGCGUUUUAACUUUCAGUUGAUCCGGUUGGAGCGGGGUGAAGUUUCCCUGGGUGCCAUCCACAGCUCAGUUUUACUCCCUUUUUAGCAGAAACUGUCUGAGGCAACUUCAAAGCAAAUCCCUUAGUUUUUUCUUUUUUAAUGCAAAGGCAGUUGAACUUGUUCAUUUUACAUGUAACCAAGUGCUCUAGUGAAGCUUUGGAUUCACUCAAGGUUUAAUCCACUGAACAUGAUUUAGAUGUCCAUUUACUUUGUGAGUGGAGAUGCUUCAAUCUGUUAAAAUGGAAGUGCAAAGACUGUACAAAAGUGUUAUGUAUAUAAACAGGAAAAGUGUCCUUUAUUUGUAUGGAAUAUCCAGUGUGUUUGGCUCGAACGUAUGUGGAUUCUGCAGGGUAGAAUCCUGUGCCUUUCUACGGUGGUAUCAGGACUUGUGAUUAAUGAAUGAAUUACUGUGAGUUUUUAGAACGUGACAGGUUUUCUAUAAGUUAUGCAAAGGUAUCAAACUUAGGCUACAGAGAAAAAAUAUCAGGUACUCCUCAUAAAUGCAAACUAAUACAACUAUCCACUUCUAAUUUAUUUCUCAAUUUAUUUCAUCAGGUGGAAGUCAUGUCCACUUUUAGCUCAGUAUUGUUGAUUCAUAUGGAGGAAAAUUUUCUAGAGUCCGUUAAAAUGCUUAGUUUGACGAACGCCGGUCAAUUAGUUUCACAUGUUCAUUGAUAUUCCUCAUUUCUCUCUCCUUUUAGGAUUAUUUUAAUUCUAAAAAUUGAACAGGCAUACAGUGUUGGGAAAUCCGACUGCCUCAUCAACUUGAUACAUCUUUCAUAGACGGUGAAAAAGUCUUUGUCUGCGUAGAUCUGUGCUUUACUAACCUGUGAACUCUCAGUCCCGAGCAUGUGCUGCCACAAGAUAAAAUCAUUGCUGUACAUAUUUGCCAUCAGUUAGAUUAACAUAUAUCAUUUGAAAAAUGUGCCUACUAAGUCGUCUUCAUUCUACUUCACUCUUUCCUUACUGCAGUCUCUUUGUGACGCAGACUGCAAAGCUGAUGACGCUUUAUCUUUUUUAAUGAAUCUCAACAGAGAAUGUAAAUUUUAAAAGUUGACUAAAUAAAAUCAAACCUCUUA